GGAGGGAUUAUAUUAGGGACAAACUAUGCUAAGGCUUAUAUUCUAGUUGGGUCUCGUUUUCAUGGAAAUACGGUCGAUGUGUUCGGAAGCAACAUGGGUGGGCACUUCAAGGUUCUGUUCUGUAUGUCAUUGCAGAUGAGAAACAAGGGAGAGAAUAACAAGACCAAAGUUUUGACCUGGAAGAAAUAAGGGUAUGUGGAACUGAAGCAAACAUUACCUAAGAAGUCAAGGGGGAAGAUCCAAAUAAAGAAAAAGUGGAAAUAACUGGAAGUCAGUGGGAACAAAAAGGUUCCUUGGACAGCCAAAAUGGACAGAUAUUAAUGAAAGUCUUUCACGAAGGAAAGACUGGCUUGAAUAAAAAAACUCCAAGUAAUAGAUCAGAAAUAUUUUUGGCCUCCUCAAGAGUCCAAGAAUAUCAGUGGGGGAAAACCCCUACAGACUGCCUAUUAUGGACGAGAGGAUCCACCCAGUGAAAACCCAUACAAAUACUUGGAGUAUGGCGAAAGCUUUACUGAAAAAAACUUCCACAUGAUUCAUGGAAGCACCCAUACCGAAGAGAAGUAUGUACUAGUGCUUCCAGUGUGGCAAAAGAUUUAGCAUGCAGACCAAUCUGGUGAGACACAAGAAGACUCAAACUGGGGACAAACUCUUUGAAUGUCCCUCUUGUGCGAAAAGUUUCACUAAGAAUUCUGACCUGGUGAUACACAAAAGGACUCACACAGGAGAGAAACCAUAUGAGUGUUCAGAUUGUGGGAAAAGUUUCAGUCAGAAUUCCCAUCUGGUGGUUCAUCAGAGGAUUCAUUCAGGAAAGAAACCAUAUAAGUGCUAUGAUUGUGGGAAAGGUUUCUCUCAGAAUUCGAGUCUGGUGGAACACCAGAGGACUCACACAGGAGAGAAACCAUACAAGUGUCCAGAUUGUGAGAAAACUUUCAGUCAGAAUUCCAACCUGGUAAUUCACCAGAGGACUCACACGGGAGUGAAACCAUAUGAGUGUCCAGAAUGUGGAAAAAGUUUCAGUAAGAAUUCCAACCUGGUGAUUCACCAGAGGACUCACACAGGAGAGAAACCAUAUGAGUGUCCAGAUUGUGGGAAAAGUUUCAGUCAGAAUUCCCACAUGGUGAGACAUCAGAUGACUCACACAAUAGAAAAACCAUAUAAGUGUUUGGAUUGUGGAAAAAGUUUCCAGGAUAAUUUCAACCUGGUGAUUCACCAGAGGACUCAUAUGGGAGAGAAACCAUAUGAGUGUCCAGAUUGUAGGAAAUGUUUCAGUCGGAAUUUCCACCUGGUGAGACAUCGGAGGACUCACACAGUAGAAAAACCAUAUAAGUGUUCGGAUUGUGGGAAAAGUUUCCAGAAUAAUUCCAACCUGGUGAUUCACCAGAGGACUCAUACGGGAGAGAAACCAUAUGAGUGUCCAGAUUGUAGGAAAUGUUUCAGUUGGAAUUCCUACCUGGUGAGACAUCGGAGGACUCACACAGGAGAUAAACCAUAUGAGUGUUUGGAUUGUGGGAAAAGUUUCCAGGAUAAUUCCAACCUGGUGAUUCACCAGAGGACUCAUACAGGAGAGAAACCAUAUGAGUGUCCAGAUUGUAGGAAAUGUUUCAGUCAGAAUUCCCACCUAGUGGAACAUCGGAGGACUCACACAGGAGAAAAACCAUACGAGUGUCUUGAAUGUGGGAAAAGUUUCAAUCAGAAUUCCCAUUUGGUGAUACACCGGAGGACUCACACAGGAGAGAAACCCUAUGAAUGUCCGGAUUGUGGGAAAGAUUUCAGUAAUAGGUCUAGCCUUAUAAAUCACCAGAGGACUCACACAGGAGAGAAACCAUAUGAGUGUCCAAAUUGUGAGAAAAGUUUCCAGCGGAAUUCCCACCUGGUGGAUCAUCAGAGGACUCACACAGGAGAGAAACCAUAUGUGUGUUCAGAUUGUGGGAAAAGUUUCAGUCAGAAUGACAGCUUGGUGAAACAUCAGAGGACUCACACGGGAGAGAAACCAUAUGAGUGUCCCGAAUGUGAGAAAAGUUUCAAUCUGAAUUCCAACCUGAUGAGACAUCGGAGGAUUCACACAAGAGAGAAACCAUAUGAGUGUCCGGAUUGUGGGAAAACUUUCAAUCAGAAUUCCCACCUGGUGAAACAUCAGAGGACUCACACAGGAGAAAAACCGUAUGAAUGUCCAGAUUGUGGGAAAAGUUUCAGUCAGAAUGACAACCUGGUGGAUCAUCAGAGGACUCACACAGGAGAGAAACCAUAUAAGUGUUGUGAUUGUGGGAAAUGUUUCUCUCGGAAUUCUAGCCUGUUCAUGCACCAGAGGAUUCACAAACGACAGAAACCAUAUGAAUGUCCAGAUUGUGGGAAAAGUUUCAGUAGGAAUUCCAACCUGUUGGAACAUCAGAGGGCUCACACAGGAGAGAAACCAUAUAAGUGUUGUGAUUGUGGGAAAGGUUUCUUUUAUAUUUCUAGCCUGGUGGAUCAUCAGAGGACUCACACAGGAGAAAAACCAUUUGAGUGUCUUGAAUGUGAGAAAAGUUUCAAUCUGAAUUCCAACCUGGUGAGACAUUCGAGGACUCACACAGGAGAGAAACCAUAUGAGUGUUCGGAUUGUAGGAAAAGUUUCAGUCAGAAUUCCCAUCUGCUGAGACAUCAGAGGACUCACACAGGAGAAAAACCAUUUGAAUGUCUUGAAUGUGGUAAAACUUUCAGUCGGAAUUCCAAUUUGGUGAUACACCAGAGGACUCACACAGGAGAGAGACCGUAUGAAUGUCCGGAUUGUGGGAAAGAUUUCAAUGUUAAGUCUAGUCUUAUAAAUCAUGUAAGGUUACACAUAGGGGAGUAAUCAUUCAACUACCCAGAUUGCAGACAAUUAUUGUUUUGUACAACAUUGCUCCCUUAUCACACACAAGAAAUUGCAGUUGAGGCAAAACUUGAUGGAUAUAGAGGAAUCUUCAAUUUUGAUUCUUGUCUCUCAUUUGUAACCAAGCUGGGCAUUUAAUUUCUUGCAUGGUUCUGUUUAGUGAAACAGAUCUCAGUAUCAAACAUGAGGGGUGGGGUGGGGUAGGGUGAUUAGG